AUGAGAGCGACACGUUCCGUGCGCGCAGUUCACGCGUUCGUGCGGAUGCCGCAUCACCGCAGUGUGCCGCCAACGGGUCCGAGUGGCAUCAUCGUGAACCGUGAUGUGCUGUUCCGCCAGUUCCGUGACUUCUACAGAACUCUUCAGCACUCCACACUGGUGGAUAAGGUGCACCUCAUGGCCGAGCGCCCAGGCGUGGAGUCGCUUCGGGUGGCUGAUCAGAUGGCCUCCCUCGGACCCGUUCUCUUGGGAAUGCCGCUCACUGGUAUGGAGCACCGCUCGUCAGAGUUCCUGGAAACGAUGCGCUACGUUCGCGGGGCCGGCGGACCGACCACCGUGUCGGCGUACCUGCAAGAUAACGACGCGUGUCGAUGCCACAGUGGCGAUAUCGUGUGCCUGCCGCAAGGGAUAGCGGUGGGCCACGGGCCGCGCACGAACGCGGCAGCGCAUCAGGUAUUGCGUGAAUUGUUUGGCAGCGGGGAGGCGGCUGACGGAGGCAUCGACGGCGGCGACGGCCCGGCUGUCACGAGCCCCGGCCGCACCAGCAAGUUUGAGGUGGUGACGCUGGAGCAAGAAGGCGAUGCGCCACCGCUUGGGGAUUACUUCGGGUUUGCCGGCAACAACAUACUGCUGGUGUGGAAAGAUGAGCACGGGCUUUUGGCGGUGGAUCAGCUGCAACAGCAACUUACGCAGUCGGAGCUGCAGUUGCAAGUAGUGUAUCUCGAACCUGGGUGCCACUUUUUCACCUUUUAUGGCGUCGACUACACCCCCGACGUACUCGUGCAGAAGGGUUUCGAACGCUCGAUGGACACCAUAGCCGCGGCAGGCUUGAACCCCAUCGCCGUGCAGUGGUCGGAGAUGGAUAAACUCGGAAUCUCGAUGCGGUCGGCUGUGCUGCCGCUGAAGUUCCUCCAGAGCCCGUCGUCGACGGGUGGCCUCCUGCAGCGCAGUCGCAACCGUGGUAACCGCUGGACAGCCAGUCAGAUUACGUCGUAG